UAUUAAGAUACGAUAUUAGACAAGAAGAGCGUUGGGCGAAUUGGCCAGAGAGUUGGAGCUUACGCGUAGAGUUUUGUGAUACGUGUGCGUAUGUGCGUGUAUGCGAGUGUGCCUGCGUGCGUGUGCGUGGCGUGUGUGCGUGUCUGUGUGUGGCGUGUGUGCGGAGGGGUCGCCAAUCGACACUGGGGACGCAGUACGGUAUCGCGUUGCGUAAAAGUGUACCCGGACCGGGAUGCUGCUCGGAUAGUGGAGUACUUGCUCCUAGAUGGCGAUCGUAAAUGUGCCUUGUAUAGAAUUUUGAGAUGCGAUACUUGAGAGGCUCGGAAGGUUGAAGACAGCAGAUGAUUGUUGGAGGGGUUGUGGAGGGGUUGUGGAGGGGUCCUACAAUCUGCCGUACGCGUUAGGCACUUAGGCUUUUGGGCCGUAACGCAGACUGGCAAAGUAGCCAGAAACAAGUGACUUUACACUAUCUCAACUGUCUCUGUUUGCAUUUAACCGUGAUCUAGC